AUCCCUCCUCUCUCUCUCUCUCUCUCUCUCUCUCUCUCUCUCUCUCUCUCUCUCUCUCUCUCUCUCUCUCUCUCUCUCUCUCUCUCUCUCUCUCUCUCUCGCACAACUCCCCCUUCAUCUUCUUUCUACCAUUCUACCUCUCCAUUUUCAUUUCUUCUUCUUCUUCUUCAUCAAUUCUUCAAUUAGUUUGUUGCUAUGGAUAAUCUGACUACGUCUGUGUUGUAAAUCUCGAAUCUUGGCACAAAGAUGUAUCUAUAUAUAAUGGAUUCAAUGAGGGAGAGAAGAUUCGUUUCCCCGACACAGCAGCAACAGCAGCAACAGCAGCAAGCAUACUCGGAGCUUCCAUCGCCGCCGCUGGUAGUGGUCCCGUCGUCGUCGUCUUCUUCCUCUGGGUUCAAUCUGAACAACAAGGUGAGCCCCAGCAUUCUGCUGAUAAUCAUUAUCCUGGCGAUAAUCUUCUUCAUCUCCGGCGUGCUCCACCUCCUGGUUCGGUUCCUGCUGCGGGCGCCGAGGCGGGACCCGGACGAGAUGGACAACGUCACCGCCCUGCAAGGCCAGCUCCAGCAGCUCUUCAACCUCCACGACGCCGGCGUCGAUCAGUCCUUCAUCGACGCCCUCCCGGUCUUCGACUACAAGGCUAUCAUCGGCGUCAAGGACCCCUUCGACUGCGCCGUCUGCCUCUGCGAAUUCGACGCCCAGGAUAAGCUCCGACUGCUCCCCAAAUGCAGCCACGCCUUCCACAUGGACUGCAUCGACACCUGGCUCCUCUCCCACUCCACCUGUCCCCUCUGCCGCGCCACCCUCCUCUCCUCCGAUUUCCCCCCCAACACCAACUCCAACUCCAACUGCCCCCCGCUCCUCCUCGUCCUUCAAUCCGCCGGCGACAGCUCCCGAGAGAUCGCCGCCGCCGCGCCGGAGCCUGGAGGAGGAGGAGGAGGAUUGUUGGGGAGGACGAAUUCGUCGGCGAGAGUGAACUCCCAUUUGAGCUGCGAGAUUGUUCAGACAAAUUUCAAGGAAGAGGAGCAAAAAGGGGAAGGGGGGCGCGUGGUGUCGGUGAAGCUCGGGAAGUUCAAGAACAUUGACGACGGCGACGGCGACGGCGGCGGCGGAGGAGGAGGCGAGGCUUCUGGGGCCAGCAAUGACGACGUGAGAAGAUGCUUCUCCAUGGGAUCUUUCGCAUACGUAAUGGACGAGACUUCCUCUCUGCAAGUGCCGAUCCGGACUCCAUUGAAGAAGAAGAAGCCCAGCACUGCCAAGAAGCCGACACUGCCCGGCCACGGCCCCGCCAUGUCCGAAUGCGGCUGCUCAAGGCGGGAAUUCGAAGCGUUCAGGAUCCAGGUCGACGACAACUCCAUAGCCAGAUCGGCGACGAAGAAGGAGAGCUUCUCCAUCUCCAAAAUCUGGCUGAGGGGAAAGAAGGAGGAGACUGAUUCGUCAAGGAGGGCAUUCUCGUUCCGGAAUCCCGGCGACACCAAAACCAGCACAACUGAAAUCAACUGGGAAAACAACAGCCUGGAUUCGCAGCCAAAUGCACCUUCAUUUGCAAGGAGGACACUUCAAUGGCUAAUGGGAAAGCCCAACAAGGUUGUCCAUUCAUCGUUUUCCGCCAAUCUUAUUGUUUAAUUACUUUACUACUUCAUUAACUUUCAUUUACCUUAAUUAGAUUACACCAUCUUCUUUCAUUAGUCUUUCAUUUUUCAAUCCCUUAAAGAAAAAGGAAGAAUAUCUCCUCAAUGGAGAUGGAAAUUUUCAAGUUCAACAAGCAUGCGGAGAGCCAACAAAAAAAAAAACAAAAAAAACAAAAAACCAUCUUUCCAAGAAGAACACAUUUUCGUCA